GCAACAGGGGCUUUCAGUACGAUUAUGUCGCAUUCACUCGCGUGGAUCAUGCCUGGACAGCUUCACAUCCGAGCGUGACCUUGUUGGAUGCGAGCAGGUGCCCUGGCCUUCCGACGAUCUGGUCCCUCGACUCUCAUGAGUACUCCGGGAUCAACGACCGAUACCUCCUCAUGGAGAGAGCCGGGGCGCCGGUGAUGGAAGCGUUCGUGGAGACCCUGAACUCAUGGAAGCUCCUUGAGGAGGUGAACCGUUUUGCAAGAUUGCGGACUUCGCCUGCUGCCUCGCAGCCCCUGAAUUACGAGCGCUUCUUGCUUCAGAUGCUGCGAUCUGCUGGCCUCUGCAUCCGAUACAUGACCUCGGUGGCCGACCACCUUGCAUGGCCGGAUCGACUUUCCUUCCUCUUUGCAGAAGUCUGGCAUCAAGGAGGCACCUGGGAGGUGAGCCAGGAACCGUAUCUGCGGGUGACUGGCUGUGAACACGUACCGGCGUAUUGUUGCCGCCCGGACUUGCUGGAAUUUGGCGGAGAUCUUUGGUGUCUCCACGGUUUGUGGCGGCGCCAUGGGAAAUGUCGCCGUCAGCGGGGUAAGCUGGGCCUGCCAAAAUAUCCAGGUGAUUAUGUUCACGAGCGGGAGCGCAUUGUGGACACGCACUGCAGUGGGGCCCAGAACUUUGUCAGGACGUGUUGCCAGCAGCCCCAGCACGUGAGUCUGAAGCUUCGGCCCUCCGAGCAGCAGCUCCGAAGCUGGCGAGAGCUCGCCUCCAAAGAUGCCGAGGGCCUGGAAGAGAGGUGGCAUUGCCUUCAUGCACGGGACAGGGAGUGGAGGGCCCUUCGGCCUCCUUGGCAGUUGAUCGGCCUAGCGCAGUGCUACGAUCUCGGGAUGCUGACGUGA